AUGUCAUUAGUCGGUUCUGGCACCUUAAUUAUCAAACCUCUCAAAGCCAAACUAACUCGUGAUACUGAGUUCCUUGGUAAAAUGGAUCCCUACUGCAAAGUCAUUCUAGGUAGCUAAUAACAAAGAACAAGAGAACAUACGGAUGCAGGUAUGAGACAUUUAAAUAUUAACAGGGAAGCAUCCCUCUUGGAAUCAAUCAUUGAGUUUUAGACGUACUAAUGAAUACAUCGCUGAAAUAUAAGUGUGGGACUCAGAUGAAGUAAGUGCAGACGAUUUAAUUGGAGAAUGCUCUAUUGCCCUUUAGACCUAUUUAGUUGAUACUCCCAAACCAGCUGAAUGGAUUAACUUAAGCUACAAAGUAAUUUAAAUAAUCAUUAACAAAUCAGGGAAAAUCGGCUGGAUAGAUCUACUUAUAGUUUGAAUGGUUCGCAGAUUAGAAGUACUAACAACAACCUCAAAUCCCAUCCAAUCCUUAAUAUUAUCAAUAAAACAACGUGAUACCAAUGAAACCACCAGGAGCACCAGGUUAUCAGUAACCUUACAAUUAAUAUCAACCACAACCACAACCACCACCAAGUUAUCCACCUUAAUAAGCAUAAUAUCCAUAGUUAAACCCCUUUGCAUUAACAGGUAUCUAUGGUACAUUAGAAGGUCCAUAAAACCCAUAAUAAAACUAUCCCCAAUAAGGUUAUGCCCCUCCUUAUCCACCUAACUAAUAACCUGGUUAUUAACCAAACACACAAUAACAAUAAGGAUAUCCAAAUUAACCUCCAAAUUAUCCACAAAACCAAAAUCCAAACUAGCCUCCAAAUUAACCUCCAGGAUACAAUCCAAACUAACCUUAAGGAUACAAUCCAAAUUAGCCUUAAGGAUAUAAUCCAAAUUAGCCUCCAAAUUCAACACUCAAUUACCCCCAAAAUUAGCCACCCAAUUAUCCACCAAAUAUGCCUCCUAAUUAACAAGGAUAUCCAAAUUAUGCUUAAACCAUGUAAAAUAAUCAAUAAGGUCAUCCCAAUCAACCUUAAAAUUACCAGAACACAAAUUAUCAAAACCCAACCUAAAAUCAAUAACCUUAUCCUAAUAACCAACCCCCUACUAAUUAUCCAGGUGGGUAGCCUUAGAACUAUCCUAAUAAUUAACCAAUGGGCUAUCAAAAUAAUCAAAUGCCUCCAAAUUAAUAAACUUUGACACAACCACCAAAUCAAGCUCUUGGCCAGCAAUAUCCCAAUGUGCCUCCUCCAAAUCAAGCUUACCCAAAUGUUCCUCCAGGUUAAUAACCUCCUCCUUAGUAAAACUAUGUUCCACCUCCACCCUAAGGCCAGUAAUAGCCACCUGCGUUUUAUCCAGGUUAAACAUUGCCUUAAAAUCACAAUUAUCCGAGCCAGACAUUGCCGUAGAAUUUCGAUCCAAACAAGAUUCAGAAUCCGAUGGGUAAUUGA